UUCAGAAGCACUUCAAUAUUUACAAAACAUAAGGAGUUCUAGAGGGGGAAAAAAUAAAAGUAGCAGAAAAUGAUGGUAGAAAUGUGGUCUCUUGUAACCAUGGGGUGUUUGAUGGUUGGUUAUGCCAAGUUUAAACAAUUCUUCCCUUAUCAAUUUCCAGGCUAUUUUGAUAAGUAUUUCAGAAAGCUGGUGAGUUUUGCAUAUCCUUAUGUUGAAAUCACCUUUGAUGAAUUCACCGGGGAACGCAUGAAGCGUAGUGAAGCCUACUCUGCAAUUAAAACUUAUCUCAGUGACAAGUCCUCCGCGUCUGCUAAGCGGCUUAAGGCUGAUGUUGUUAAAGAUAGCCAGUCUGUAGUCCUUAGCAUGGACUAUAAUGAGGAAGUUAUUGAUGAAUUUCAAGGGGUCAAGGUUUGCUGGUCUGCAAAGAAAACUACUCCAAAAACACAGCGGAUUUCAGGGUAUCCUGAUGAUGAUGCAAAGAAAUUUUACAGGCUCACAGUCCACAAACGCCACAGAGAACUCAUCACUCAGUCUUAUGUUAGUCAUGUGUUAAAGGAAGGAAAGGAGAUUGCAACAAAGAACCGGCAGCAAAACCUCUACUCUAACAAUCGUAGUCACAAUUGGCACGGAUAUAAAAGGAGCAAGUGGAGCAAUGUAGUGUUUGAGCAUCCUGCAACAUUUGAUACUCUGGCAAUGGAUGUAAAACAGAAAGAGGAAAUCAAGAACGAUCUCAUCAAGUUUAGCAAGGGGAAAGAUUACUAUGCUAGAAUUGGUAAGGCUUGGAAGCGUGGGUAUCUCCUUUAUGGUCCUCCAGGAACUGGCAAAUCAUCCAUGAUCGCAGCCACGGCAAAUCUUCUUGAUUAUGAUGUUUAUGAUCUUGAACUUACUGCAGUCAAGGAAAACUCAGAGUUGAGAAGGCUUUUGAUUAAUACGUCGAACAAAUCAAUUGUAGUGAUCGAGGAUAUUGAUUGCUCUCUUGAUCUUACUGGCCAAAGAGAGAAGAAGAAGACGAAGGAGAAAGACAGCAAUGCAGACGAGUUGGAUCCGGUUGCCAAAAAGGUAAAAGAAGAGGGGGAAAAGGAGAGCAAGGUUACUUUGUCAGGGCUUUUGAAUUGUAUUGAUGGACUUUGGUCAGCUUGUGGGGGGGCAAGAAUCAUUGUUUUUACUACUAAUCAUGUGGAGAAGCUUGAUCCAGCUCUAAUGAGGAGAGGAAGAAUGGACAAGUACAUAGAAAUGUCCUAUUGUUGCUUUGAUGCAUUCAAAGUGUUGGCAAAGAAUUAUUUGGAGAUUGACUCUCAUUCAUUGUUUGGAGAAAUUGAAAGAUUGUUGGGGGUAACGAAAAUGACUCCUGCUGAUGUUGCAGAGAAUUUGAUGCCAAAAUCAGAUUAUGACACGGAGGAGACUUGUUUGGAGAGAUUGAUUGAAGCUCUUAAGGUUGCAAAGGAGGAAGCAAUUAAGAAGGCCGAGGAAGAAGCUCGUGCAAAGGCGGAGAAAGAAGAAAAGAAAAGGAACAAUCUGUCUAAAGAAGUCAAAGAAGUGAAAGAAAAUGUUGUGGCAGCCAAAGAAGUGAAGGAAAAUGGUUUUGCUGCCAAAGAAGUGAAAUAAAAUGGUGUCACCCAUUAAUCUAUGAAGUACAUAUCUGUGUGAAUUUGAAGCUAAUAAGAUAUUAGGAUUGCGUUGAUCACUGGUUAUAUUGCUAUUUGUAUUGGUUUGUGUGAUGCUGUUCAUGUUGCUAUUUGUAUUGCAUUUGGUAGUGCUUUAUAGUGUCUCCAGUUGGAUUGUAAAAUAGGAAAAACAUUGAUUUGUACAAUGAGUUAAUUUGGCAAUUUCCCAUAAUUGCUUAUUUUAAUUCAAUAUUGCUAGUUAUAUUGGGAAAUAAAAAUUCAGUUUGUGUUUCUACUGGUUCAAAAUCAAGUUAAUAGAAAAGUGCAAUGUGGAAUCUCUGGUUGUUUUUAAGAUUAAUUCAUGGCAACCACACCAAUUUUCCUUCUAUGUUCAAGAUAUGACAAGUUCCUUCCUCCCUUCAACAACCCUUAAAUGAGCAUGAAGUUAUCGUGAAAUCCAUAUGCACGGUUCACCUUUCGACGCACCUAAACUUACGGUUAGGACCAAAAAUUUAAAAGAUACAGUGUGUGCUAGUCUCUUAACUUAUUAGUUUUGGUUUUUGAGUAUCAAUGCCGGUAAU